AUGGCGGCGGCUGUGGCGGCGAUGCGUUGCGGGAGCGGGAGCGGGAGCGACGGCGGCGGCGGCGGCUACGACAAGGGCGGGAUGGACUCGGGCAAGUACGUGCGGUACACGCCGGAGCAGGUGGAGGCGCUGGAGCGGGUGUACGCCGAGUGCCCCAAACCGACUUCCACGCGCAGGCAGCAGCUGCUCCGCGAGUGCCCCAUUCUGUCCAACAUCGAGCCCAGGCAGAUCAAGGUCUGGUUCCAGAACCGAAGGUGCCGUGAUAAGCAGCGGAAGGAGUCUUCGAGGCUUCAGGCCGUGAACAGAAAACUGAGCGCCAUGAACAAGCUGCUCAUGGAAGAGAAUGAGCGUCUCCAGAAGCAGGUCUCCCAGUUGGUUCAUGAGAAUGCAUACAUGAAGCAACAGCUGCAGAAUCCUUCGUUGGCCAAUGAUACAAGUUGUGAGUCAAAUGUGACCACUACUCCAAACCCUCUACGGGAUGCAAGUAACCCAGCUGGACUCCUUGCAAUUGCGGAGGAGACAUUGACAGAGUUCCUCUCAAAGGCUACAGGAACUGCUGUUGAUUGGGUCCCGAUGCCUGGGAUGAAGCCUGGUCCGGAUUCGUUUGGUAUUGUUGCCGUUUCACAUGGUUGCCGAGGUGUCGCUGCCCGUGCCUGUGGUCUGGUGAAUCUAGAACCAACAAAGAUUGUGGAGAUCUUGAAAGACCGCCCAUCUUGGUUCCGUGAUUGUCGGAGUCUUGAAGUUUUUACGAUGCUUCCAGCUGGAAACGGCGGGACCAUUGAACUCGUUUACAUGCAGAUGUAUGCUCCUACCACUUUAGUUCCUGCACGUGAUUUUUGGACGCUGAGAUACACAACUACAAUGGAAGAUGGAAGUCUCGUGGUUUGUGAGAGAUCUUUGAGUGGUUCAGGAGGUGGUCCAAGUACUGCCUCAGCACAGCAAUUUGUAAGGGCUGAGAUGCUUCCUAGUGGCUAUUUAGUUCGGCCAUGCGACGGUGGGGGUUCAAUUGUGCAUAUAGUGGAUCAUCUGGACCUUGAGGCUUGGAGUGUUCCAGAAGUGCUUCGCCCGCUCUAUGAGUCUUCUAGGGUAGUUGCUCAGAAAAUGACUACUGCGGCAUUACGACACAUCAGACAGAUUGCUCAAGAAACUAGUGGGGAGGUUGUAUAUGCUCUGGGGAGGCAACCUGCUGUUCUGCGGACAUUUAGUCAGAGGCUGAGUAGAGGAUUUAAUGAUGCUAUAAGUGGCUUCAAUGAUGAUGGUUGGUCUGUAAUGGCUGGAGACGGCAUUGAAGAUGUGAUUAUUGCUUGCAACUCAAAAAAGAUUAGGAGCAAUAACACUGCUCCCAAUGCUUUUAUAGCUCCUGGAGGUGUUAUAUGUGCUAAAGCAUCAAUGUUACUGCAGAGUGUUCCACCAGCAGUACUGGUUCGGUUUCUGAGGGAACAUCGGUCUGAAUGGGCUGAUUAUAACUUUGAUGCAUAUUCGGCUUCAGCGCUGAAAUCAAGCUCAUGCUCACUUCCUGGGUUGCGUCCCAUGAGAUUUUCUGGGAGCCAGAUCAUCAUGCCACUUGCUCACACAGUGGAGAAUGAGGAGAUUCUAGAAGUUGUUCGUCUUGAAGGGCAAGCGCUCGAUGAGGGUCUUUUAUCAAGAGAUAUCCACCUGCUUCAGUUUUGCACUGGAAUAGACGAGAAAUCAAUGGGAUCCUGCUUCCAACUUGUCUUUGCACCAAUUGAUGAGCUUUUUCCUGAUGAUGCUCCAUUAAUAUCUUCAGGCUUUCGUGUUAUACCACUGGACAUGAAAACAGAUGGUGCACCCGCCGGUAGAACACUAGAUUUGGCCUCUAGCCUUGAAGCUGGUUCAACUACACUGCAAGCCUCAGGCGGUGCGGACGAUUGUAACCUACGAUCAGUGCUGACAAUUGCCUUUCAAUUCCCUUACGAGAUGCAUCUCCAAGAUAGUGUUGCAACUAUGGCCCGGCAGUAUGUCCGCAGCAUUGUCUCCGCCGUUCAGAGAGUGUCGAUGGCUAUCUCUCCCUCUCGAUCUGGCUUGAAUGCUGAACAGAAGAUAAUUUCUGGCUUCCCUGAAGCUGCAACACUUGCUCGCUGGAUAUGCCAAAGUUACCGGUUCCAUCUGGGGGUCGAGUUAUUUAGACAGGCAGAUGAAGCUGGGGAAUCUUUAUUGAGAAUGCUCUGGGAUCAUGAAGAUGCUAUUUUGUGCUGUUCUUUCAAGGAAAAGCCUGUAUUUACGUUUGCAAACGAGAUGGGAAUUAACAUGUUGGAAACAUCUUUCGUUGCCCUUCAAGAUCUCUCGUUGGACAAGAUAUUUGAUGAAGCUGGUAGAAAGGCACUAUACUCCGAGAUCCCAAAGCUGAUGGAGCAGGGCUUUGUUUACCUGCCAGGUGGUGUGUGCUUGUCUGGGAUGGGCCGCCAUGUCUCAUUUGAGAAUGCUGUAGCAUGGAAAGUAGUUGGUGAGGACAACAAUGUGCACUGCCUCGCCUUCUGCUUCGUCAACUGGUCUUUCGUGUGA